GGUUCAACCAGUCGGACAAGGGUUUCGCAUAUUGAGUAUGUGACUGUGAGCAUUGGAGAAGCGUUAGCGGUCCAUGAAGACCGCCUAGCCGUCGGUAGUCCUCGUUCUGUCCGGUCUAGUGGACUUGAUGAACCCCGCUUGUCCACGCUGACCCGGGGAGUAGCACCGACAACAAGGUCAUGGACUUCCCGGGCCACUUCGACCAGGUCUUCCAGCAGCUGAACUACCAACGCGUCCACAGCCAGCUGUGUGACUGUGUCAUUGUGGUGGGCAGCCGCCAUUUUAAGGCCCACCGCUCAGUGCUGGCGGCUUGCAGCACACACUUCAGAGCCCUGUUCACCGUCGCCCAGGGAGACGCCAGCAUGAACAUGAUACAACUGGACAGCGAGGUGGUGACAGCGGAGGCGUUUGCUGCCCUGGUGGACAUGAUGUACACCUCCACCCUGAUGCUAGGCGAGAGCAACGUGAUGGACGUGCUGCUAGCUGCCUCUCACCUCCACCUGAACGCCGUAGUCAAGGCCUGCAAGCACUACCUGACCACCCGCACCAUGCCCAUGUCCCCGCCGGCAGACCACCGGGCCACACAACACCGCCAGCUCCAGCGGUCGUUCCUGUUGCAGCAGCUGGGUCUAAGCCUGGUGAGCUCUGCCCUGGGCGGAGUGGAGGAGGAUGGGGCCAGGGGUGGUAGCGACGGUGUUAGCGUUAGCAGUGUAGUGGAGCAGAAAGCUUCCUUCCCCAUUCGACGUUUCCACAAGAGAAAGCCCUCCCUGAGCUUUAGCCUAUCUGAGGACAGGCCCAGGCAAAGGCCCCGCCCCUCCGGACCCCACGGGGAUGAGGAAGCGGGACUACUCUCCCCCGACUCACACAAGACGGGGGAGGAGACCAGACUGGACGGGGCGAUCACCGGCCUAGUAGGGGGCGUGUCCCAGGAUGACUCCCAGAUGCCCAGCCAAUCGGACGGCGGACGCUGCGAAGGGGAGGAGCGAGGGGAGGCGGGUGUGGGGAAGGAGUCCCUGGAUGGAGGGAGUCACCAUGGUGAUGGGGUGGAGGUGAAGAUAACUGAGGAAGAGGAGGAGGAGGAAGUACUGGAGCAGCAGGGGCAGGUGGUGGUUAAGUGUGAGCCUCUGAGCUCCCCAGAGCCAGCUGAUGACAUCACCAUCCAUGGUAGCGACCAGCUGGGACCUGGAGGAGGUAGAGGAGGAGGAGAGGAGGAGAAGGUAGAACUGAGCCCACAGAGCAGUGACCGUAGUCUCUCCUCCUCUGACCAACAGCCGCUCCGGCCCAGCUCCCAGCUCCUGCUGAAAGGAGGUCUUGGUCGGGGGAGUGGAGGUGGUUUUGGCCGUAGUAGCCAUCUCGAUGAGAAGUCUGGCUUUAGGAUUUCUAGCUUCCUCGGCGCCAAGGUCUUUGGAAGCGGAGGGGCGGGGGUCGAUGCCGGGGACGACGACCUCAACGCGACAACCGGCGAGGCGAUGGCAGCGGCACAUCGUUUCCUGCUGAGCCCGGAACACUCUGGGACCAAUAACUCUGCCUCGAUGCUCCGUCCCGGGUCGGCCAACCACCUGCACCUGCUGGGUGGCGACGGUCUCGGGGGAUUCUCUACAGACGCUGAUUCGCUCUUCCUGCAUCCCCUGCAUGACGGGCUGGGAAACCCCAGAGGAGGAGGGGGGUUUCCAGACCCGUUUUCUCUGGACUUCCAGCGCUCCAGCCUGGGCCUGCACUCCCUGGCCCGCGCCUCUAGAGGGGGCUCCCUGGGUUUUCCUGGAUACCGCCGCAUCGCACCUAAAAACGACCACACGGGAGGAGGAGGAGGAGGAGAAACGGGGGUCGUUCUCCAAGACGCCCUGUCUUCCUCCAGUCUUGGGGAAGGGGGUCCCUUGCUUCUGAACGGAUCGGGGGGGUACGAGUCAGGCCCACCCACCUCCUCCUCCUCCGCCCCCCACCACCCCCAUCCCCAGCUGACCCGUGCCUCGGCGGACGUCCUCUCCAAGUGUAAGAAGGCCCUGUCAGAACACAACGUCCUGGUGGUAGAAGGAGCCAGGAAGUACGCCUGUAGAAUCUGCUGUAAGACUUUCCUCACCCUGACCGACUGUAAGAAACACAUCAGAGUGCACACCGGGGAGAAACCUUACGCCUGCCUCAAGUGUGGCAAACGUUUCAGCCAGUCGUCCCACCUGUACAAACACUCCAAGACAACAUGUCUGCGCUGGCAAAACAGCAACAUGGCCAACACACUGAUGUAGG